AUGUCCAAGGCCGCAGGACGGUGCGGCGCGGGUGCCGAGUUGUCCUUCACGUUGGAACCCAGUGACAUCAUCGCCGUCCAGGAGCAGCCACUCAUGCUGCACUGCCAGGUGGACGGCAUCCCACCAAUAAGCACGCAGUGGCGCCGCAAUGGCACGCCCCUUUCACCCGACGACAACAAAUCGUUGGCCAUGUUCACCAAUGGCUCGCUGCUGAUUGGCCGAUUCCAGCGUACGCGGCAGGAUGGGUCGACGGACGAGGGAGAUUACGAGUGCGUGGCCCAGAAUUCCUUUGGCCUGGUCGUCAGCCGCAAAGCCAGAGUCCAAGCUGCCACCAUGGCAGACUUCCAUGUGCAGCCGCGCUCUGUAAGGGGGGAGCUGGCCGGCGUUGCCCGAUUUCAGUGCCAGAUUCACGGGCUGCCGGAGCCGGUCAUCAGCUGGGAGAAGGACGCACGCCCAGUGGACACCUCAGACCAGAGGUAUACCCUGUUGCCGACGGGCGUGUUGCAGAUCACAGGCCUCAGGGAGGAGGACAGUGGCGUCUUUUGCUGCGUGGCUCACAACAGCGCCGGAGUUAAACACAGCAACGGGGCACGCCUCACCGUCUCAGGUGCUCCGGCGGCGGUCUACAAGGAGCCGACCAUCCUGGUGGGUCCAGACAACCUGACCCUUACCGUCCACCAGACGGCCAUCUUGGAGUGCGUUGCCACGGGUUACCCUCGCCCCAUCGUGUCCUGGAGCAGACUGGACGGGCGUCCUAUCGGUGUGGAGGGUAUCCAGGUGUUGGGGACAGGUAACCUGAUGAUCUCGGACGUGCGUGUGCAGCAUUCGGGAGUCUACGUCUGCGCCGCCAACAAGCCCGGCACACGCGUGCGGAGGACUGCACAGGGACGUCUGGUGGUGCAGGCCCCUGCAGAGUUUGUGCAGCCGCCCCAGUCCAUCUCUCGUCCGGUGGGUACCACGGCGUUCUUCACCUGCGUGGCCCAGGGGGAGCCGCCCCCCACCAUCACCUGGCUCAAGAACGGACAGGUGUUGCAGCCCGACGGACACGUCAAACUCAGGAACAACAACAGCACAUUGACCAUAGACAGUGUGAGCCCGGAAGACGAGGCCAUCUACCAGUGCAUAGCGGAGAACAGUGCCGGCUCCACCCAGGCCAGCGCCAGGCUCACCGUGCUGUGGGCAGAGGGCCUGCCGGGGGUGCCCACACAGGUCAGGGCACAGGCCCUCUCACCCAGCUCCAUACAGGUGUCCUGGAAGGAACCAGAAACACACACUCAGGACAUUAUUGGAUACGUGCUACACAUCCGCAAGACCACAGACCCAGAUGAGAUGGAGUAUCAGGAGGCGGUGAGCAAGUCUACUCUGCAGCAGGUGGUUGACGAGCUGGAGGCCUUCACGUCCUACUCCUUCUACGUCAAGGCCUACACCUCACGGGGGGCCAGCAAGCAGUCCGAUACUAUUCUACAGAGCACGCUCGGAGAGGUUCCAGCUCCUCCAUCGCUGUUCACCCGCGUCCUAAACAGCAGUGUGGUGCAGGCGUCUUGGGAGUCGGCGUCUAAGCAGGCCCAACUGGAGGGCUUCAGACUCUACUACAGACGCCUUCACGCUUCACUCUACACCGGACCCCUCACCUUCCCCCGCAACACAUCGCAACACAACAUCACACAGCUGGACCCGACUAUGGUGUAUGAGAUUAAGGUCUUGGCGUUUAACCAGCAUGGAGAUGGCAAUGCCACCACGCGCUUCGUGUCCCUGAAGGAGGCUGUGGAGAAGUCAGUGCUGAACCCCUCAUGUGACUGUGAUAAGGAGGAGCCCAGUAAGAGUUCCACUACAGGCAUCAUCAUCGGAAUACACAUCGGAGUCACCUGCAUCAUAUUCUGCGUUCUAUUCCUCAUGUUCAGUUACCGCGGCAGGUUGAUGCUGUGUAAGACGGUGCAGGCGACUCCUCAGCUGGGCCGCGCGGUGGCUCUCGAGUCCUCCAGCUCCUCCCAUCAUUCCCAGGGUGCACUGGGCCUCAACGGCAUCACGGGCCGCGUCACCACGGAGAUCCAGGGAGGAGGCGGCGGCGGCGGUGGCAUUUCCAUGGCAACCAAACCUCACAGCAUCAUCAUCAGCGGCGGCAGCAGUGGCGGAGGUGGAGGAGGAGGUGGAGGUGGUGGUGGGGUGGAAGAGGCCAACGAGAUGGAGCGCCUGUUCCCGCCGCCAGGACCCUCACACUUUGAAGUCUGCAUGGACAGCACACACACGAUGGAGAGCUCCCUGGACUCCUGUCCGUUCAGCGAGACGCAGAUUUCAUCGCUACCUCAGGAUGAGCUGAUUCUUGUAGAGGAGCGGGAGACGCAGUUCCACCAGCUGCCUGCGGAGGGCCGGGAGGGCGCCAGCGAGCAGGAGCGAGGGUGA